UUUUUUUUACACAUGUCUCAAAAGCAGAACCAGAAACCCAGGAAUCAUGUGAUUUCAGGGAAAGAGAAGCUGAAGUGUAGUUGAGCUGUUGUGUGUUUGUGUCUCUGUAUUCAAGCAGUAAAAUGGCCAAAGCCAGAGUUUCUCAGGAUGAGUUCUUGUGUCCAGUGUGUCUGGAUCUCAUGAAGGAUCCAGUGACCAGUUCCUGUGGACACAGUUACUGUAAGAUCUGUAUUACAGACUUCUGGGAUCAAGAGGAUCAUAAGGGAAUCUGCUUCUGCCCUCAGUGCAGACAGACCUUCAGUCCAAGACCUGCUUUAUCUAGAAACACCAUGCUGGCUGAAGUGGUAGAGAAACUGGAGAAGACCAGACUCUCUGAUGACUGUUACGCUGGAGCUGGAGAUGUGCAGUGUGACGUCUGUACUGGAAGAAAAUACAAAGCCAUCAAAUCCUGUCUGGUGUGUCUGAACUCUUACUGUCAGAAUCACCUCGAACAACAUGAGAGUUGGUUUAAUGGAAAGAGACACAAUCUGACUGAUGCCACUGGACGACUGCAGGAGAUGAUCUGCCAGAAACAUGAGAAGACCCUUGAGGUUUUCUGUCGCACUGACCAGGAAUGUAUAUGUGUGUUGUGUAUGGAUGACCAUAAAAACCACGACACUGUAUCAGCUGCAGCACAGAGGACAGAGAAACAGGACCAGCUGAAAGAGAUGCAGAAGACGCUCCAGCAGAUAAUCCAGCAGAGAGAGAAAGAUCUUCAGCAGCUGAGAGAGGCUGUGGAGUCUCAUAAGCGCUCUGCACAGACAGCAGUGGAGGACAGUGAGAGGAUCUUUACUGAGCUCAUCCGCUCCAUUGAGAGCAGCCGCUCUGAGCUGAUACAGCUGAUCAGAGAUCAGGAAAAGACUGCAGUGAGUCCAGCUGAAGGACAACUGGAGCGACUGGAGCAGGAGAUCAAUGAUCUGAGGAGGAGAGACGCUGAGCUGGAGCAGCUUUCAAACACACAGGAUCACAUUCUGUUCCUGCAGAGUUUCCAGUCUCUUUCAGCACUUCCUGAAUCUACAGACGUAAAUGAUGAAGUCUUCAGUUCUCUCGUCUCUUUUGAUUAUCUGAGAGAAUCUGUCCAUCAGCUGAGAGACAAACUGGAGGAUUUCUGCAAAGAUGAGCUCAAGAAGAUCUCAGACAGAGUCACAUUCACCAACAUUUCUCUCUGGACCAGGAACGACUUCCUACAAUAUUCCCACCAGCUCACUCUGGAUCCAAACACAGUGAAUAAUUACAUCUGUCUGUCUGAGAGUAACAGAGUGAUUACUGUUGGUAACAGACCCCAUUACUAUCCUGAUCAUCCAGACAGAUUUGAUGUGAAUCAGGUGUUGUGUAGAGAGAGUGUGUGUGGACGCUGUUACUGGGAGAUUGAGUGGAGUGGAAGUGUGUUUAUAUCAGUGUCAUAUAAGAGCAUCAGCAGGAAGGGGUCGGGUCAUGAGUGUGUGUUUGGAUACAAUGAUCAGUCCUGGAAUUUGGACUGUUCUCCCUCCAGUUACUUAUUCAGACACAAUAACAUACACACUAUUCUCUCUGUAGAGUCCAUCAGCAGUAGAAUAGGAGUGUUUGUGGAUCCCAUUGCAGGAACUCUGUCCUUCUACAGCGUCUCUGACACAAUGAGCCUCAUCCACACAGUCCAGACCACAUUCACUCAGACGCUCUAUCCUGGGUUUUAUGUUGGUUCUAGUGAAUCAUCAGUGAAACUGUGUUGGUGAAUAAGAAUACACUGACUAGAGAUUCUACCCAUAAUGCUUUGAGCUGCAUGAUGAAUCAGUAACAGUGAGAUGUUAAAGAGUCUCUUCUCUCUCUGGGGUCGUGCACAUAUCUCGUCUUUUGCGUGCUCAAGUUCCUAAUUUCAAAUAUUCUUGUUUCUUCAGGCGAUGAACGGAACAGCUAAUCAUUACAGAUUAUGAUUAUUUGUCUUUCUUGCUUUCUCAGUUGUUUUUCUCACAAUGAUUGUUUGAUGUUUAUAACACAAUGCCUGUGAGUCUACUGUUGCUAUAGUAACAAACCCUACCGCGUGCUCUUCUACUAUAUGUUGUGAUAUUUCAGACAUAUUUGCUUCACAGAGUACGAAGCUCUACAAUAAAUGAAUAUAUGCUCAUCAAUCGUUGCUGAUUUUUGUUUUUCCUAGAGACAAAAUGCUAAAAAUUUGUUUGUAUAAUUAACAUGUUAAUGAUCAGAGCAUGACAGGGGCCUGAAGCAAAAAAGAGGGCAUUAAGGGGGUUAGAGCUUGUUAAUACAAAUUAUCCAGUUGUUACAAAUAUACAUUUAAAAUAAAAGACAGCACAAUCAUUACUAAUUUCAGAUAUUAUUGUAGAUGUUUAAAAAGAAUGGUAACACUUUGGAAUACUGUUUCUUACUUACUGCAUAACUAAUAAGAAAUUAUUGAAAAACUAACAGUUGAUUAUUCAUAAAAGACUUAACUCACUGCUGUUAACUACUAAGGAAGAUGUGUUUACUUGCCUAUAAUGGAAAUGAAAUGUGCAUUUUGUUUGCUUCUAAAUGUUUAACUUUUGAUUAUAAAAUGUUUGUUAAAUUAGUUUAAAUCUGGGCAGUAUACAUGUUAAAAUUG